AUGGCUUGCCCCGCAGACUUUCCGAACGUAGCCGUGCCCGGUCACCCCAAGGUGCGAGUUCUGUCUUGCUCGGUGAACAGACCCCAGUGCAACGGUGGUGCUGGUUUCUACAUUGGCACCACCACCGGCACCGCCAAGCCGAGUUAUUCCACUGCCACGCCAAAGAGGCUGUUGGAUUAUGCGGUCGCGACUGCCAAUCCCACGGCCACCCCCGACGCUAGCGGCGCAUCCGCUUCCGCGUUGGCCAUGGCUGCCGUUGGAAUGUGCGUUGCCACGAUGCAAUGGGCUUAA